CGGAGACACUGCUCAGCCGUGGCAAUCCUACCACACCGUUUACACUAAUGCCAAAGCAGUUUAUGAAGCCUAUUCUAUAUAUGAGAAGCGAAAAUUGAAGUACGGUUGAAUUAUGGGUAUACGAGGGCCUUCUGCGAACCAGCUUGCAGGCGCAUAGGCAUUUCAAGGGGAAAAAGAAAAGGAAAGGAAGGAGCGAAAAAGAACAGUUCGUUUCUCUUUUCCUGCUCCACAGAAACACGAAAGGGAGGCUGAUGAAUGGAAGGAGUUGACAAGGAGAAAGUACAAAGGAUAGUUUAUGAAAUGAGCAAAGGUUCAAAAUAUUUUGAGAAUGAAGAGCGCAAGGAGGCUUUUAUCAGGCAGAAAAUAGAGAACCUACAGGCUCAGUGCGCGAAGCUUACAGAAGCUGACAUAUCUAAUUAUCAGAAGGUGGCAGAGAAAAGAAUGCUUGAGCUAGAAGCUACACGUGACCUGUCAAGGUGUUGGUUACAUGUAGAUAUGGAUGCUUUCUAUGCAGCGGUUGAGACUUUAAGUAACCCUACAUUAAAGGGAAAACCAAUGGCUGUUGGUAGCAUUUCUAUGAUAUCCACAGCCAACUAUGAGGCCCGGAAAUUUGGUGUUCGUGCUGCAAUGCCUGGAUUUAUUGCGCGAAAAUUGUGUCCAGAGCUAAUUUUUGUUCCAACAGAUUUCAAAAAGUAUACAUAUUACAGUGAUUUGGCCAGAAAAGUAUUCCAGAGAUAUGAUCCUAAUUUCACGGCUACCAGUCUGGAUGAAGCAUAUCUUGAUGUAACUGAAGUUUGCAAAGAAAGGAGUGUCACAAGUAAAGAAAUUGCCAAAGAACUCAGAGCCUGUGUUUAUGAAGAAACUGGUCUCACUUGUAGUGCUGGAGUGGCACCAAACCGCUUACUUGCAAAGGUUUGCUCAGAUAUAAACAAGCCAAAUGGGCAGUUUGUUUUACCAAAUGACCGAAUGGCUGUUGUAACAUUUAUAUCCUCUCUUCCUAUCCGUAAGAUUGGGGGCAUUGGUAAAGUUACCGAAAAUAUUUUGAGGGGUGUUUUGGGAAUUAGCACAUGUGAGCAGCUGCUGCAGAAGGGUGGCUACAUCUGUGCCCUUUUCUCUCAGUCAACUUCAGACUUUUUCCUAUCUGUGGGUUUAGGAAUAGGGGCAACAAGUACCCCCCAAGCAAGGUUGCGGAAGAGCAUCAGUAAUGAAAGAACAUUUUCAGCCACUGAAGAUGAAGCACAGUUGUUUAGAAAAUUAGACUUCAUGCUUGCAGAGGAACUUUCCGAAAUGCUGUCUGUGGACAUGCAAAAAGAGGGCCUAUGUGGGCGAACGUUGACUCUUAAACUGAAAACUGCAUCGUUUGAGGUUCGGACUAGGGCUGUGACUUUACAAAAGUACAUCAGCUCGAGGGAUGAUAUCCUGAAACAUGCUGUAAAGCUGCUAAAAGCUGAACUUCCUAUUUCCUUAAGAUUGAUAGGCCUGCGGGUGUCUCAUUUCAGUGAAGACAAGUGUGGUUCUCCAUCUGACCCUACACAGAAGCCCAUAACUAAUUUCAUUGCUUCCAGGGAUCCUAAGAAGAGUUGCAGUUUAUUGCUUCCAGAUGUUACGGACAAUGACCCUGUGGAAACACCGGUCGAUGAUGCUUCAAGUUCUGACUACAAUGAAGUUUCGAAAGUGCUGGGAUCUGAUCUUUGCUCUCUUGGAGACCAGUCUGGGAGUAGCAGCCUUGACAAUGUAACUUGCAUGCCUAAUCUUUCGGAGGAUGAGCAACUUAAUUCUUGCCAGGACGAGACAUUAUUGUGGUUCAAUGACUACAGAUGUUCAAUCUGUGGAAUAGAACUGCCUCCAAGUUUUGUUGAGGAAAGACAAGAGCACUCUGAUUUUCAUCUUGCUGAAAAGCUACAAAAGGAAGAAUCUGGCAUUCAACCAAGGACCGCUACGUUGAGUCAAAGAUUCGGAAGGGAAAAAAUAUCACAACACAGAGUAAAUCCAAGAAACAGAAGUUGUCUCGGAAAGAAGGUAGAUACGUGCCGAUUGAUUAUUUUUUUGUUAAAAACGGUCAAAGCCUGUAAAUUAUACUACAUUAUUCUUUAUAUCUAUAUACUUCUGUACAGCAUAACUCUACAGGGGUGGAUAUUUGUAUCAUGUGUAUUCUUCCUUGUAAUGAAAUGUGUAUAAUAUUCUAUUUAUAAUCUGCAUAAUAGGCUGAACCCUGAUAAGAAAUAAAAUUCCCUUUCCCGGCAUUGUUUGAGUGGGUUUUGUCUUUGCUUAA